AUGGCCUCGUCGGUGAUUGAGGACGCGCGCGGGCUGGCAGAGGACGCAGAUCUGUUCGAGCGGUCUCUCACAUCUCUCCUCCUCACCCUCCAAGCGCCCGUCAUCACCCACCGCGACCGUCUCGCAACAACGCACCGCGCAUCCGACCUCCUCACCCGCAUCGUCGACCGGUCAGACGCGCUCUACGGCUCACUGCAGCCGUCGAACGAGGAGCGGAACCGCGAAAUUGACGCGCUGUCGGGCGGAGGUGCACAGGGCGGAGACCUCGCGGAGUUCUACCAGCGCCUCGCCAAGGUCAAGGACUACCACCGCAAGUACCCGACUGCGACGAACGUGCGCGUGGGAGGAGACCGCGAGGUUGACUUUGCGGCGCUCGAGGGCGGAGACGCGGAAUGGCUCGACAAGAAGUUCACGGGCGAGGAGGCGCUCGGCCGGUACCUCGACUUGCAUGAGCUGCACGACGAGUGGAACAACUUGGCGCCUCCCUCCUCGAGCGGGCAGGCGAGCGCAGGCGGGUGGAAACGCUACACCUACCUCCAGUACCUCGGCGCCGUCACCAACUUCUCCCUCUCCCCUCAGCUCAAGUCAUCUCCCGCCUAUGCCAAAUACCUCACCAAUCUCCUCUCCUACCUCUCGAACUUCUACGAGCGCGUGCUCCCGCUCGGCGACCUCGACACCGUUCUCAAGGCGGCGGACGAUGACUUUGCGCGGCGAUGGGAGGCGGGCCAGGUGCCAGGCUGGGCGCAGCCAGCGGAGGAGGACGAGCAGCAGAAGGAGAGCGAGGGCAUCUGGUGUGCAGCAUGUGCGUCCGGGCUCUUUCUUGCCCGCCAAAAGUCGUUUACCAAGGAGUCGGUCUACACGGCGCACUUGACGGGCAAGAAGCAUGUCAAGGCAGCUGCCAAGCUUGCCGCCGACUCUUCCGCCGAUUCUGCCUCUCCCGCGCCUUCCUCCUCGAGCCUCGCCGCCCUGCGGCACCAAAAGAACCGCGCGAUCGCGCUGAAGGAAUCUCUCAUCACUUCACUCCUCUCUUCGACUGCCACGCCUCCCGGACCUCUCGCACAAAUCCUCACCGACACGCUCGCCAACACCGAGCGACGAGCAGCCCUCACCGACAAGGAGCGCGCUGCCGAAAUCGAGGAGCUGGAGGCUCGCGAGGCGGCUGAGGCAGCAGCUGCCGCCGCUGCGGCGCAGUCGAAGAACGGCCCGGCGAAUGGAGCAGGAGACGACGAGGAUGAGGACGAAGGCCGGAUCUACAAUCCGCUCAAGCUCCCGCUCGGUUGGGACGGCAAGCCCAUCCCGUACUGGCUGUACAAGCUGCACGGACUUGGCGUCGAGUACAAGUGCGAGAUCUGCUCCGACCACGUCUACCAGGGCCGCAAGAACUUCGAGCGUCACUUCCAGGAAUCCCGGCAUGCGUUCGGCAUGCGCGCGUUGGGCUUGCCCAACACGAAGCACUUCCACGAGAUCACCAAGAUCGAGGAUGCGAUUGCUUUGGCGGAGAAGCUCAAGCAGGAGGGCCGCGCCGAGUUGUCGCAGGCGGAGCUCACGGAGGAGCUCGAGGACGAGGAGGGCAACGUCUACAACCGCAAGACGUACGAGGACCUCAAGCGGCAGGGUUUGGUGUGA